AUGGCGGAUACACAUCGCGUCGAUCGUACCGAUAGGCACUUGCAGUUUCAAUCACCUUAUGAAGGCGGCCGAGUUAAUAUUCAGCAUGAAGGCGGUGUUGGUGCAGGCGGCUACGGUGCUGGCGGCUAUGGUGCCAGCUUCGGUGGUUAUGGCAAGAGCAUGAUGUCUGAAAGUGGCCCAAACAAAACCCAAGUAAUAUCCCUUCUGAUUGGAGUCCCCCUGGUUGGUACGCUGCUUGCCUUAGCCGGUUUACUUCUAGCCGGUUCAGUGAUCGGUUUACUGGUCGCAAUACCGCUUUUCCUCCUCUUCAGUCCGGUUAUAGUCCCUGCGGCUCUAACCAUCGGGCUUGCCACAACAGGCUUCCUAGCCGCUGGAAUGUUCGGUUUGACAGGACUGAGCUCAAUCUCAUGGGUCAUGAACUAUAUUCGUGGGACCAGGAAGAGUGUUCCUGAGCAAUUGGAGUAUGCUAAGAGGAGAAUGGCUGAUGCUGUUGGCUACGCUGGACAGAUGGGUAAAGAAAUGGGGCAGAGCGUGCAGAACAAGGCCCAAGAAGCUAAACAAUAUGAUAUUUCUGCCAAGACACAUGAUACUACUAAGGGUCAUGAGACUACUACUCAGAGGGCCACCGCGGUAGCAUGA